AUGGUCUCCGGCACCCCCGCAUCCGCUGACAUCUGGGCCGCCUCCGACGCCUACCACACGCGCUUCCUCCUCGGUGGGCCCGACCCCGCGCUCGACUUCGCGCUCUCCAACUCGGCCAAGAACGACCUCCCGGACAUCGCCGUCUCCCCCGCGCAGGGCAAGCUCCUCAACCUCCUCGCGCGCUCCCUCCACGCGAAGCGCAUUGUCGAGGUCGGCACCCUCGGCGGGUACUCGACGAUCUGGCUCGCGCGCGCCGUGGGCGAGGGCGGGAAGGUGGUGACCUUCGAGCUGGAGGAGAAGCACGCGAGGGUGGCGAGGGAGAAUCUGGCGAACGCGGGUGUUGGGGAGCGCGUGGAGGUCGUGGUGGGGCCGGCGGCGGAGUCGUUGGCGAAGACGGCGGGCGACGGGACGUUCGACUUUGCGUUCAUCGACGCGGACAAGCAGUCGAACGUGACGUAUGUGAAGGAGUGCAAGCGGUUGGUGAAGAGUGGGGGUGUGAUUAUCGUCGACAACGUCGUGCGCAAUGGGCAGGUCAUUGACGAGGCGAACGAUCAUCCGUCCAAUGUGGGUGUGCGGGAGCUCCUGAAGUACUUGCAGGCGGACACGGAGACCGAGGCGACGACGGUGCCGACGGCGGAUAGCAAGGGAUUCGACGGGUGGAUUCUAACGCUCUCACACAAACCAGAUCCUCUGCGAAACACGGUCAACUCAACCAUGGAGCCGGAGGAGAGAGCAAGGACGAAGAAGCGCCGCAUGCGCGGCGCAUGCGAUAACUGCAAAAAGAGGAAGAGCGACAGUAGCAAGAUGCCGAAUAACCAAUGCUCGACAUGUACACAACUGAAGGUUGAGUGUACGCACGCAGAGAUGACCAAGAGUCUUGGUUCUGCCAAAUCCUAUGUCGAAACACUUGAGCGACGCCUCAAGGUCCUAGAGAGGCUGUUCAGGAAGUACCUCCCCGGCCUCGACCUCAACCACGAAGUCGACAAAGCUAUCGCCAUCGAGGAUGACGAAUCCGAGGACGAGACGCUCCUCCGCAACGACGACGACUCGCCCGAGGCGCGGCUCGUCAGCAAGCUCGACAAGCUGCAGCUCGCGCCGGAUGAAAGGGUGUUCUUUGGGAAGAGCUCGUCGGUGAUGCUCAUCAAAGCCGCCCUCGACAUCAAGCACCAGUACCACAUCCAGUCCGGCGCCGAGCCGCCCGAUUCGGCUUACGCGCGGCCCAAGAUCAGGUCCGAGUUCUUGUAUCCGCGGACGUGGCAGCUCCGUGCCCAAGACGCCACGGGUUCGACCCUCGGCACGGGCACCCUGGGCCUCAGUUUUCGCUUCCCAGAGGCCGACUUGUUGGACAAGCUCGUUGAGUUGUACUUCGAGCAUGUAAAUCUGUAUUUUCCGUUGUUGCAUCGGCCGACCUUCAUACGCCUAAUUGAGGAAGGGACGUACCUGCGGGAUCGACAUUUCGCGUAUGUGUUACUGCUGGUCCUCGGCCUGGGCUCCCGCUACUCCGACGACCCGCGCGUCCUCGUCGACGGCACCGCCGACCUGCACAGCGCGGGGUGGAAGUACGUUAGCCAGGUCACGCAGAUCCGGCCCGCGAUGGCUGUCAGACCGUCUUUGUACGAGGUGCAGGCGUAUUGUCUCCUCACCCUCUGGAUCGACGGCAGCUCGAUGCCGAUGGGGACAUGGACCGAGAUCGGUGUCGGGUUGAGGCGCGCGAUGGAGGUGGGCGCACAUCGAAGGAAACAUGGGAAGCCGACGAGGCAGUUGGAGUUGUGGAAGCGGGCGUUUUGGGUCCUGCUAUGUCAGGAUGUGUACCUAAGCGCUCUGUACGGCCAAAGCGUAACAUUAUCGACCGACAUGUACGACCAGGACCUGUGCGUGCCCGUUGACGAUGAGUACUGGGAGACUGGGAACCCGGAAACUUGCUUCGUGCAGCCGGAAGGGAAGCCCUCGAAGGUCGAAUACUUCAACGAAUACAUCAAGUUGAUGGAGAUCUAUUUGACCGCUAUGCGGUCUAUUUACUAUACCCGUAAACCUAUCCUCACCACCGCCUGUCCGACAGACCAGCAGACUGUCACCAUGCUUGACUCUGCGCUCAAUUCCUGGUCAAACGGGUUACCACCACAUUUAAAGUGGAACCCGAAAGAGAAGGACCGAAUCACCUUCGAGCACGCCGCCUGCCUCUACACCACCUACCUCCACCUCCAGAUCUUCGUCCACAAGCCCUUCAUCACGCCCCUCAACGCGCGCUCCAAGCUCAACUUCCCCUCCCUCGCGAUCUGCACCUCCGCCGCGCGCGCCUGCGCCCGUGUCAUGGACGCGCGCAGCCAGCGCGACGCGGUCGCGCUCCCGCAGUUCCACAUCCCCGUCGCGAUCGCCGGCUUCAUCCUCGUGCUCAACCUCUGGACGGGCAAGCACGCGAGCCUGCAGCCGAACCCGCGGGACCUGGACGACGUGUACAAGUGCAUGCGCAUGCUGCGCGCGUGCGAGGAGCGGUGGCACAGCGCGGGGAGGCAGUAUGAUUGUUUGCGGCACCUGGCGAACGCGGCGGAGGUCGGGAUGCCGACGUGGGAGGUGUAUGAGAAUGCGAGCAAGAAGCGGAAGAGGGUGGGUGAGGAGGGGGCGUCGCAGGACGGGUCGCCGGCAACGACGAAUAGCUCGUUGGAGGUGGUGACGCCGCAGACGACGAGUGCGCUGCAGGCGGCGGCGACUGUGGCAGGGCCCGUGGCGAGCCCGGAGCCACCAAACAUCGCGGAUAGCGCGGGAAUGCUCGACUUCGGCAUGAACUACAAUCAGCCGUUCCCGGCCGACGCGUCCUCCCUAGACGGGUUAUCGGGAUCCACUUUCUCCACGGCGACGCUUUCAUCUGUGCCGCAGUCACAAUUCGGAGGCGAUGCGUUGGCGGGCAUCGACUUUGGACUGGGCUCGAAUUCCCACUCGUUGUCCUCAAAUUCGUUGUCAUCGGGCCUUGACAGCCUAGCGGGAAGUGUCAAUGGCGCCAGCCCGGACGGCGCAGCGGCGUUGCAGGGGGAUGCAGGGUCGUCAUCUCUCGGACUCGCUCCCUACGAUAACUUCCAGUUCAGCUUUAACAUGCCGGCGCCUCCAGGGUUGAACAUGCUCAUGUGGAAUUCCAUGUCGCUUGAGAUGGGCAACGAGGAUAGCUGGACGCAACUGCUUACAGGGUUGCAGAGUUUGACGCCCGUCAGACGAGGGGACGACGAAAGCGCUUCGCUUCGUACGCCUUGGGUCGCAACGCUUACCCUUGCGUGA